UUGUCAUCUCGCCUAUGUGUUGGGGUUACCUCAAGUGCUAAUCACCUGGAUUUUGAUCUGACGCGACUCUGCCGUAAUUCGAAAAUAACACAUCAUUUUUUUAAUUACCUAUGAUCCCGCGCGAGAUCGGGCAUCUGGCGGCGACACAACGCGUACAACUCGCUAAGCAAGAUCAGCAUCUUCAAACCCAAUAACCUCGAAACCAACACGUUUCAACAGCAACCAACUCCGCUCCAAAGUUGGCUGUUUCAAGCCUAUCAUUCUAUCUAUUGCUAUUUAUCUGUCGCCAAAUAGGCUACUCAAUUUACCAUUGGCAUUAUUAUAAAGUCCAAGUCGACGCGAGUAUCCCGCGUCUGGGCUACAGCGUUUCUUUUAACCCUCUAAGCAUCUAAUCUAGCGAAUACAUUAGACCAUGUCGCAAAUAAGUAGCACGGGUGUCCUCCCAGGACUAGACCCCCCUAUACAGCCUCCAAGCUUUUCCAAUAGCCAGAACCAGCUUCUCAACUAUUCUAGCAAUGGUUCACAAGAUACUACGGCUUCGAACGAGACCAAUCGCAUUUUUACACCGCCCGAGAGCGACAGCGAGGGUAGCAAUGGACUUGGAAAUAGCCAUGCCUCUAGUCAGGAAUCUCAUUUGCUGCAGCUGUCUCAGGCUGCCGCGGCGCAGCAGAAGAUGGUUGAUGUUGAUGAUAAUACAAUAAAUGGCGGCCAAUCAAGGAAGAGAAUGGCCGACGGCGUGGUGAAGCACACGAGAACUGCCUCAAAUGUAUCACCAGUCCGUCGUGGCCAUUCUAGAAAUACUAGCACUGUGAGCAUGGCAUCUACGACUAGCAGUCGCAUUGGAGAGCUAUCCGCAGAAUUAAGAACCAAGUUGUCUUACGCAAUGGUCAAGGUCAACAACGGUUGGCAAGGACAUUCUAUUGACGAGGUGGAGUCGCUGGCUUCCCAAGUUGCUUCCCCCACCUCUAGUACCUCAACGUUGCAUGGGAGACAAGGAGCGUCUGCCAGUCCUCGAGUCCCUGCAGUUUCUGGGCGGCAAAGAGCUUCAAGCAAUGUUACUAGCCCUACGCUGUAUCAUCCAUCCCACAGCCGCACCUACGAGUCGUUUUGGAGAGAUGGCAAUAGCAAACCCCUGACAUUGACUUCACCCGUCUCUCAAGUACCGACUCUGGCUCCACCGGCCCCUAUACAGCCGCGCCAGUCCGGCCAAGGUCAUGCGCGCCGCAGUUCCAACGCAAGAUUCGCUCCAGCCUAUCUAUCCCACCCCCAUCAUCCUUCUCCUCACACUCCUGCCCAACCUAGCCCGCUGCAGAGCACACCAAGCCAAGGGGCCAUGAGGACCUCUAAUGUUGACCCUAUAUUAUUUUCCCCGCAUCAGAAUGUCCGAGAGCAGGAAGCGCUGGAGACGUUGAUGUUUAUGAGUAGUCCCGGUAACUCGGCAAAUGUCAAGCAUGCAUUUCCUUCAUCACAACCCUCGCAAUCGGUCCAACCGUCGCAGCCACAACCGCGAAACGGAGGUCGGACUGCUCUUCCUACCUCACGAUUAGGAGCCGGAGCAGAGAUGAGCGGUCCGGCACGUAAGAGUUUGCCCACAGCACGGCCGCAGCAGCAGCAGCACCCUGUGCCUCAGGGCAAACGGGUUGGAUUCGAGAAAUCACCGGGCAAUUAUGGCGGUGGGAUGGAAAUGGAAGAUCCACAUGGGUCGCCGCAUGCUAGGGGAACACCUCGCCGUCGAACGAUGAACGGGUCUAUUUCCAGGCCUUCGAUGUCUAUCCCUGCAGGUCUGGGUGGGUCAGCUCGACCUAGAACAGCGCUUCGGGGGGAUGAGAUUGAACGGAUGCUGGAUCGGGUAGCUGCGGAUGAUAGCUCUGAUUCAGAGAGUGAGAUUUCCCUUCCGCAAAGAAGAAGAAGUGGACCUAUGAUGGGAGUUUGAUGUGGAUUUCCAUGGACGCCGUGGCUGUGGUUGGCGACAGAGUUGAGCGAACAUGGAAAUGUAUUUUUCUUUUGUCGGUUGUGUUGCAUGCGUACGUAUAUAUAUUGUCCGAGAUUUAGCC